AUGUCAGAGGAGCGACGGAGGAGUGUCAGAGGAGUGUCAGAAGAGCGACAGAGGAGUGUCAGAGGAGUGUCAGAGGAGUGUCAGAGGAGUGUCAGAGGAGUGUCAGAAGAGUGUCUGGUGAACGUCAGAAGAGCGACCGAGGAAUGUCAGAGGAGCGACGGAGGAGUGUCAGAGGAGUGUCAGAAGAGCGACAGAGGAGUGUCAGAGGAGUGUCAGAGGAGUGUCAGAGGAGUGUCAGAGGAGUGUCAGAGGAGUGUCAGAGGAGUGUCAGAGGAGUGUCAGAAGAGCGACAGAGGAGCGACGGAGGAUAGUCAGAGGAGUGUCAGAGGAGUGUCAGAGGAGUGUCAGAGGAGUGUCAGAAGAGUGUCUGGUGAACGUCAGAAGAGCGACCGAGGAAUGUCAGAGGAGCGACGGAGGAGUGUCAGAGGAGUGUCAGAAGAGCGACAGAGGAGUGUCAGAGGAGUGUCAGAGGAGUGUCAGAGGAGUGUCAGAGGAGUGUCAGAGGAGUGUCAAGAGGAGUGUCAGAAGAGCGACAGAGGAGUGUCAGAGGAGUGUCAGAGGAGUGUCAGAGGAGUGUCAGAGGAGUGUCAGAGGAGUGUCAGAGGAGUGUCAGAGGAGUGUCAGAGGAGUGUCAGAGGAGUGUCAGAAGAGCGACAGAGGAGCGACAGAGGAAUGUCAGAGGAGCGACGGAGGAAUGUCAGAGGAGCGACGGAGGAGUGUCAGAGUAGUGUCAGAAGAGCGACAGAGGAGCGACGGAGGAUAGUCAGAGGAGUGUCAGAGGUCCAGACAGUAAGGAAUGAACCGCGCGGUCAACGCGCUGCACUGGUCAGCAAGCUGGCCUACAUCAAGGGUCCGUGCUCAGGCUAA